AUGAAACCCGUGCGCCGCUCGACUCGGAAUGUGGCAAGGAAAUCGUAUACCAUCGCCUUGGACUCUGACGAGGAUGACACCCGCGAUGCUGCGCUCGGCCUCCCUUUGAAACGAUUAGCCAGUCCAUCUGCUGGCGAUUAUGGCCCAGCAGCGAAGAAGAGGCGAAAUCUUCGGGGGUUUCUCCAGUUGAUGAAGGACGUCCCUUUAGAUGUUGUAUAUGAAGUCUUCGGACACCUGGAUCCCCUGGACUUGUUGCAGCUAUCAAGGACGAGCAAGCAACUCCGCCGUCUACUUCUACAGGAUUCUGCUAGAUCAGUCUGGAAGACUGCUCGCUCUAAUGUAGACGGCUUGCCCGAUAUACCGCAAGAUCUAAAUGAGGCGCAAUACGCUCAGCUCCUUUUUGGGACAUACUGUCAGUCCUGUCUGAAGCCUAGCCGACGAGCGCAAUGGGAGACACGCACACGCCUUUGCAAGAAAUGUUUCCUCGCUUCCCCAGAUUUUAUAGAUUGGAUGAGUCCACAAAUUGACUCACAAUGGCGACUCUACAACCCCCUCGUUUCUAUGGAUGAUGGAAGAGCGAUGUACUUUCGAUACCAUCGUCUGUAUACUCAAAAGCUGAAGCAAUCUUAUGAGGAAGUUAAAGAUGAUUCCGAGCAACUGCAGAAGUGGCGUGAGAAUGCUAAGAUGGCAUAUAAAAGUAUUAAAGAGCACGCAGAGAAAUGCGAGUCCUGGUACCAGAGCCGCGUUGAACGUCGUGGCAGGGAGCUUUUGGCUAUUCGAUUUAAACGACUUAAAGAUAUAUCAGAUCGACUAAGAGCACUCGGUUGGGCCGAGGAGAUUGAGAAAACUGACCCUACUUCCCUACUUUCACACAAACUUAUAUGGCAACCAAGGCCUUUAACUGACCGAAUCUGGGCUGGUAUAGAAACAGCCGUAGUGGCGUAUAUGGAACAGCUAAAAGCCAGUCGCCUUCUCGCUGAGAGACUUCGAACUCUGGGUACCCGAGCCAAACUCUUCACAGAGCUCUACAAGGCAUUUUUGGCUACACAGCCUUCCUCCUUUCCAUAUCCUAGUCCUGUAGAUGCCCUAAUCUCCGCUCCAUUCAAGACGAUCAUCAUUGACACACCUGUUGCCCAAGAGCUCACAGAAGCAAGCUUUUCAGACGCCUUUGCCUAUUUUUCAGAUUAUUCAAGGCAGUGGAGGGAAGCUGCGGAUACCGAGAUAGGUCUUUUGAUGAAAGAUGUCAAUCAGGAUAAAUCUCACCUCCAUCUUGCAACGACGAUAUUCCUCUGCCGUUCCUGCAAGAAGUAUAUCUCCUACCCUCGUAUCCUGUUGCAUUCAUGCACGACAGUGGGUUGGUUAGUUCCGAACGGUUUAGAUGACGACGAGACGGUCCUGCGGCGUAGCGUUCUCCCCAUUUUACCUUGGUCACCUCGUGCGGAUAUGAUACCCAGCCAGUGGAGAAACGCAUGCCAAGUCAUCGAGUUGGUCUGUGGUCGCGACCCUAGCACGACAACGACACAGGACAUGAAUGAUUGGGACCCUGUGUUCACUUGCAUUCCUUGUUCGAUUGGUUGGGAUGGACGACUCUUCAUGAGAUGGGAGCAGGCCAUCCUCCACACCACCCAUGCCGAUACCCAUGAAUCCAUUGAUUCCGUUCUCAAGCUUGUUACAAACGAGGAAGAAUUAAGGCUAUUCAACGAACUAGAGUCCAAAGGAGCGUCUGAGAAGAAAAUAGGCGUUCUUCAGCAGGAAGGGAUGCUGUCGGUCAUUCGGUUGCGCUGUAACCAUUGUGACUUGAUGUUCAUGUCAAAAGAAAUGCCCGACCACCUCAGGGAUUGCCAUGGUGUACAGGUGCCCUCGCCUGGCGAUUUUAACUGGCACUUGGAUGACAAUCGCUUGAUCCGCUCAGCUAUGAGGGUUCCGAAUGCCUACUUCGUCUGGUGAAACAUCUGCCUCCAGACAGCUACUACUGAAUGCCGUCACCACUAUGAGUGUAACCGAAUUUUGCAAUAUGCGUCGCCGCCACGCAAAUCAGGAAGAAUGGAUCCGUAUCCUUGUUGAACAAACUAGUAUACAAAUAUGUACAGUCGAUCACGAACGAACUAAAACAACAAAACGAGAUAUGAAUGUGGAACGGUGGAAUGAUGUAUAUGUACUCGCAGUGUAAAAGUCCAUGCAUCAAGAAUGGGUGGUGUUACAUUGAGAGGGAUAUGCGGGGAUGCUGAUGCAAUGUUCGUUCACUGAUUAGGCUGUAUACUAGCUCAUGGCUAACAAGCAGCGCAUGAGAAUAGGAUAAAUAU